AUGACCACCUCUUGUAAUGACACGACAUGUCUGGUAACAGGUCUUUAUGGUGACGAUGGCGUACUGCCGGUGCGAGCCUUUGCACAGUUGGAUAAGAGGGGGUCGACAGCACUGGUGGACGCCUUCAGACAAGUGCCGUCUCUCGUAUGGUUGGGCCCAACCAUUGGCCUGUCAUUGACCUCAGCUCUGGAGGUGAUAGCGUUGAUGGGAAUUGUUGUCUCAUUCCUCCAGUUGGUGCUGAAGUCGUUCCGUGACUUUUGGUGGUAUUCCCUGUCGCUUGUGCUCUACUUCUCUAUAUAUCAGGUGGGCCAGACGUUUAUGUGGUUCCAAUGGGACACUCUCUUGCUGGAGGUCGGCCUACUCACUGCCCUCACAGCCCCGUUAAGGCUACCAUUCCUGGUGGAGUCGGGUCCACACACUGGACUCACCUUUUGGUUGGUCCGGUGGCUACUGUUCCGACUGAUGUUCGCGUCGGGUGUGGUUAAGCUGACCAGUGGUUGUCCCACGUGGUGGGGGCUCACGGCACUGGACAUACACUUUGAGUCUCAAUGCAUUCCCACUCCUAUCGCGUGGUUUGUCCACCACUUCCCCUCCCCUUUACUCAAGUUAUCAGUUGUCAUGACUUAUGUCAUCGAAAUAGUGGUUCCUUUUCUGUUCUUCAUCCCAAUCAAGAAUCUAAGAAUUUUUGCGUUUGUAAUGCAAGUGAUCUUUCAAUUGGCAAUCAUUUUGACCGGAAAUUACAAUUUCUUCAAUAUCUUGACUACUGUUCUCUGCCUUUCAAUACUAAACGACUCGCACCUCAAGAGUCACUCGAGUACUGCGUCCAACACUGAACUAAAGCCCAAGUUUUUAAUGCCUAAACUGAUGACAAAAGUGAUCACUUAUUUCAUAUACUUCUCACUGAUCUAUUGGACCAUUCAUUUGUUUAACAUUAACUGGAACGCCGGCACCCUAUCUAUAAGCGUAAACUUCAAUAACAAUGAAUUGAAUCAAUUUAUCCUUUGGGCGCUUCCCAUCUCCAUAUCGUUGGCCACACUCUCUCUGGUCUCCAAUAUAUUGAAAGCGUUUUCCAGAUGCCUUAUUUUGCCGACAAAUGGUUUCACUCGAGUAGUGAACCUAUUCUACACCACACUAUACGUGAGUGCAGUGGUGUUCAUGUUCUGCAUAUCACUGGUGCCGCACGUGAGCGUAGACCCCACCCACUCAGUCAAGUUAUGGCCGGUCAUCCAUCGG